GCCUACAAACAACAGCGGAACUGUAAAUGAAAUCGGCUCUUUGAUUAGAGAAUCAUCACCUUCUUCUCAAUUAAGGAAAAGGAACCUAAAUGAAGACAUACCAUCAACACCAACAAAAAAGAUUACCGAAAAUGAACAUCGAUUUCACUAUUUCGAUUCUUUGAUAAAACGAUUUUUUUGUGAGGACUCAAAAAAUUACGAAGUAAAGUUAGAUAAAAGGGUUAAUAGUUCACUUAAAAGACCAGAUUUCAGCUGCAGGAUCAACGACAUUUGUGCAAAUUCUGGUUUAUUUAAAAAUAAAUCUACAACCGGCACCGCCAUUAAGCAUCAAAAUAUUCCUGUUCCUGCUUAUCUUGAAACAAUUGAUCCAAAAGAUUAUUUUGAAAGACUAAAGCAUAACAAAUGUCCGAGCUCCUUCCCAUCCGAAAAAAUUAGGCCUCCUGCACCUCCUACACUAAAUAAUAAAUAUACAAAACAAAAAUUUUUUUUGGAGUCAGAAAUCUUCACCACCACUACAACUAGACAAUUCAAGUUAAUAGAAACUACCAGCAUUACUAGCAGUAAAUUCUUUGAUAGUGAGAACAAGUCUAAGAUAGAAAUACAACCUAGA